ACGUGCUCCGGACACCCGGAAGUGGAGCGAUAUGUGACAUGUUUAGCCGAAGUUAGCGGUGUUUGUGAGCAAGUGGAGUAUAUUUAUAUUUUUGCCAUAUUUUCGCCGCACAAAGCAACGUUGUUUUGUUUGUACCAUCUUGAAGAUGAGCGAGAGUGACAAGGAAAAGGACCCUGCAGCCCUGAAGGAAGAGGGAAACAAUCUUUUCAAGGCAGGAGACAUGCAGGGCGCUGUAUGCUGUUACACCAAAGCAUUAAAGCUUAGUAACAAAGAAGCGGAGAUUGCUGUUUUGUACCGCAACCGCUCUGCCUGUUACCUGAAACUGGAGGAGUACAACAAGGCAGAAGCUGAUGCCUCCAAAGCACUCGAUAAUGACCCAGGUGAUGUGAAAGCCAGGUUCCGGAGAGCUCAGGCUUUCCUGAAACUCGGUCGGCUUGACCAGGCCUUUCUGGAUGCUCAGAAGUGUGCCCAGCUGGAGCCCAAAAACAAAGCCUUCCAGGAUCUGCUCAGACAGCUGGGAGCACAAAUCCAGCAGAAGUCGAUGCAACUAAACUCCACAGAUGCUCGUGUGCAGCAAAUGUUCUCCCUCCUCUUGGAUGCAUCCGCAAAAGAUGCAGAUCGACAAAAGGCUGCUCAGAAUCUGGUGGUAUUAUCUCGUGAAGAUGCAGGCGCUGAGCAGAUCUUCCGGAACGAUGGAGUGAAGCUGAUCCAGAAACUUCUUCAGUCAAAGCAGGAGGAUGUUGUUCUUUCUGCCCUGAGGACCCUGGUUGGUUUGUGCACGGGCCAUCAGUCCAGAACUAUGGCUAUAGUGAACGAGCUGGGAAUGGAGCAGCUGUGUGCAGUAAUGGGAUCAGGAGCCUCCACUGUGUCUUUGGCUGCCUGCCACCUGCUGCAGGUGAUGUUUGAGGCUCUGACGGAGGGCAUGAAAAGAGAGAUCAGAGGGAAAGAUGAAGCCAUACUUCCUGAACCUUCCAAGGAGCUACGUUCAAUGAUAAGCCACCUCUUGGAAAUGAUACCAGCAUCUAAUGUGUUGGGACCAGGCAGAGACAGCGCCAUCAACCUCCUGGUCAAACAAGUUCCCCGAAAGUCUUUGAAAAAUCCAGAUAACUCCCUCACAUUGUGGUUGAUAGACCAGGGACUAAAGAAAAUCCUGGAGGUAGCCGGGACAGUCCCUGAACUCUCAGAGGGACCACCCCUAACAGACAAUUCCCACAUGAGCUGCUCUGUCUUGCUUAGCAAACUCUACGAUGACCUGAAAAGUGACAAAGAAAGGGAGAACUUUAAUAAACUGUGUGAAGAAUAUGUACAGACACACUUUAGUCGAUCUGGCUUAGAUGCCAAGCUGCGAGCAAUCCAGACGGUAUCGGUGCUCCUUCAAGGACCCAGUGACGUUGGUAACAGAACUCUGGAGAUGUCAGGGAUGAUUGAUGCAGUGAUCUCACUGUGUGCCUCCGAAGAUGUAACUCAUCAGCAGGUAGCCGUGGAGGCUCUAAUCCAUGCUGCAGGCAAAGCCAAGAGGGCCUCCUUCAUCACAGCCAAUGGCGUGACACUUCUGAAGGACCUCUACAAGAGGAGCGAGAAUGACAGAAUACGUGUGAGAGCCUUGGUGGGUUUGUGCAAACUUGGAUCAGCAGGAGGGACAGAUUUCAGCAUGAAGCAGUUUGCAGAGGGAUCCACGCUGAAGCUGGCCAAACAGUGCAGGAAGUGGCUGUGUAAUGAGUCUCUGCCUCCAACAUCCCGCCGGUGGUCUGUGGAAGGACUCGCCUACCUGACCUUUGAUGCUGAUGUGAAGGAGGACUUAGUGGAAGACAAGAAUGCUCUCCUGGCCAUGUGCGCACUAGCAAAGUCUGAGGAUAAGACAGUGCUCUUUGCCGUGGGCUCCACAUUAGUGAAUUGCACCAACAGCUACGAUGUGGAGAAGCCAGAUCCUCAGAUGGUCGAGCUGGCCAAGUAUGCCAAGCAACACGUGCCCGAGGAGCACCCGAAGGAUGCACCUUCCUAUGUGGAGAAAAGACUGAAGAAGCUGCUGGAGGCUGGUGUGGUGUCUGCACUGGUGUGUAUGGUCAAACAGGAGAGUCCUGCCCUCACAGAGGCUUGUAGGGAGUGUAUUGCCAGGGUCUUUUUGGCUUUGGUGGAACAACAGGAAGACCGAGGCACAGUGGUGGCACAGGGUGGAGGAAAGGCUUUGAUCCCACUGGCAUCUGACAACACAGAUGUGGGUAAAAUCAAAGCAGCACAAGCGCUGGCAAAAAUAGCCAUCACAUCUAACCCAGAGAUUGCUUUUCCAGGAGAAAGGAUCUAUGAGGUGGUGCGCCCCCUUGUCAGUCUUCUGAGUCUAGAAUGUACUCUGCUGCAGAACUUCGAGGCACUCAUGGCUCUCACCAACUUAGCUGGCAUCAGUGAGAGACUCAGGCAAAAGAUCAUAAAGGAGAAGGCAGUCCCGAAAAUUGAGGGCUACAUGUUUGAGGAGCACGACCUGGUGCGAGCUUCAGCCACAGAAUGCAUGUGUAAUUUGGUUUUAAGCACAGAGGUGCAGAAGCUGUUUGUGGCCACUGGAAACGAUCGGCUGAAGCUGCUUGUGCUCUACAGUGGAGAGGAGGACGAGAGGCUGCGGAAAGCUGCGGCAGGAACUUUGGCUAUGCUGACCGCUGAGCAACCUGAGAUCUGCGCCCGCAUCCCUGGGACAACGACACACUGGUUGGAGAUAGUGCAGGCACUGUUGCUCAGUGAAAUGUCCGACCUACGACAUCGGGGAGUGGUCAUAGUUCAGAACAUGAUGCAGGCAGAGAAGAGUCUGGCUGAGAUGAUGAUGGAGAGUGAAGCUCUGGAGAUUCUGUCUGUCUUGGCGAAGGGAGGAGAGAGCAUACAGGAAGCUGUCUCUAGGAUAGCUCAGAACUGUCUGGACAAGGCAGUGGAGUAUGGCAUCAUCAAGACCAGGGAAGGGAAGGAAAACGCCGCAGGGACUGAACCCUGAAAAACAGCUGCUGUGUGUGGAUGUGCUUCCCCCCAAUAUUCCAGUGUUUUUUAGUAUUAUGUGGGACCAGCAGAGACAUUUCACUUUUGCAGGAAAUCGGUUUUGAUCUGAAUGGGUUCAAGCUGGUAAUGAAAUGACGAUGUGUCUUAACCAAAAACUGUGAAAAGCAAUCUUUAAAAAGAAAAAAAAAAAAAAAAAAGAUACCAGAAACCAGCUGAUAUUCACAGUGUUUUGUGACAAAUGAGCUUUGUUUGCUGUUUCACAUAGCUUUUCCACUGAUUGUAUUUAUCAUAAUCAUACUGGGGUUUUUUUCCCACUAAGAGACCAGUGAGGCUAUGCUUCAUUAUGGACUAAAGAUUGUCAUUCCUUGAUAUUUGCGAACAUUUUUGUUUCCGUCAUUAUUUUUCUCCAAAAUAUUUUCUCUUUACGUUCAAUUUUAUACACUACGAUUUUCAUUCGUCUUAUUUUGCCAUUAACAACAACACACCAUAAACAUUUUCAUAUGAUUGUGCACUGUGUUUUAAAUAGUAAUUAUCAUAAUUAUUAUUAUCACUCCACUACAUUCCCGGUGUCUUAAUUGUAGUGUAGACGGUUUUCUCAUUUUAAACACAUGGGCAGAAAAAUAAACCUCUGUAC